AUGGGAAACCGGAUUAAUGCUGCAAAACUAGACUUCUCUGAGAUAUUAGCGAAUAAAUUUGAGGCAAAAUUGAAGGAAGCGGCUUUGAUAUCUAAAGGAAUAGAAGUCAGUGACCUCGAAUUAAUACGUAUCCGCAAACUAUGUGAUCAGGUUAUUUUGCUUGCUGAGAAUAGAGCUCAGCUUUACGAUAACUUGAAAAGCAGAAUGAACAAUGUUGCUCCAAAUCUAACUGCUUUAGUUGGUGAGCUAGUUGGUGCUCGUCUAAUUUAUCGAGGAGGCAGUUUAAUGAACCUCGUCAAGCUACCUGCUUACGAUAUCCAAAAUCUCUUUCCACCACUACUCAAGAAAACGCAUGACACACACAAGCAUGGUUUGAUUUACCGAGUUAGUCAAGCAGCACCAAAGCUCAAGAAAAAGAUGAUGCGGUCAUUAGCUACUAAAACCGCUCUAGCUAUUAGGUGUGAUGUUUUUGGUGAUGGCAAAAAUAACACUAUGGGAAUUCAAAGCCGUGCUAAGACUUACGACAUUGAUGCUGAUUCUCUUCUUGCACAAACACCAACUAAAUCCGAGACUGAGGCGGUCGAUGAUCAAUUGGUGGAGGAGAUGGAUAUGAUUUAG